AUGAAAUCAUUUGUCACAAACAUUCUUGUUCCGUACUUUAGUGCCAAAAAGGGGCAUCUGUCACUUGAUCCAGUUCAAGAAUGCAUUUGGCAACUUGACAUCUGGUCUGUUCAUGCUUCACUUGAGUUCUGGUCUUGGAUUUUUGACAAUUAUCCUUGGAUUAUCCUUGACUACGUUCCUGGAGGGUGCACGGGUCUUUGGCAACCCUGCGAUGUUGGUGUUCAAUGCUUACUCAAACUCAUGGUGAAGCAAUCUCAGCAAACUACUAUUGCACGUGAGAUCCACUCCCACGCUGGCCCAUCCGAUAUUUCACUUGAUACGAGGCUUGGCAUGCUAAGGAAUCGUGUCCCUGCCACUCUGGUUGAUGCAUACCACUUAAUUAACAACCCUCUGUGA